AUGGCAUCCCCUCAAUCUGGGAACUACUCUUGGACCUUUCCCCCAGUCUUUCUUGCCCCAGAAAACUUUCCUUCCCCUCAAAGCACUCCAAAUUGGGCCGACCAACGCUUGGAGAAUGCCACUUCUACCCUCAAGGACGCGAUAACAUGCACCCAGAAAGAGCUCCAAUCAAUCAAGAUCAGUCAUCGGAAUCCCGAUGUUCCCGCGGUCCGGGACCUAAUCUCUGCUGCGGAACGGCUUGCAAACUAUCUCGAGGAAUUGGUUGAUCCCAAAAGCCCACGUUCCCAGCAUGAUUGUCCAAUUGGCUCAGGCCUUUACAUUUCAUACGAGAAGCUGAAUCUGCUGCGUAACGUCUUCCUCGACAACAAACCUCCUUCUGACAAUACUUCCGACAACAUCCCGCAUACAAACGAUCGAACCAAUACAUCCUCGGCCGAUACAAACACAAACUCCGCUAGCACGUCGUCAACAAGGGAGAUACAAGAACGAGUCUCAAAUGCCGCACGUUUCAUCACAUUCCCUCACGACUUGGCUGGUAUCAACCUGCUCAAGAGAGCGUUCAGGACGUUUUUGUCCGAUGUAGAGAAAGCGCCCAGUGAUAUACAGAACGCAACAUUCGGAGAAAGCGUCCACGAAUCGACAUUCACGCAAGAAGAGCGUGGCUUCAUACAACAGGCUUACAGGUGCUCCUCCUUGUCGACUUCACUGUUCUCACACCUGGCCCGAAACACCGCAUGUGGUGCCCAGCAUCAAGCUAAACUUGAUCUCUCUGGUGUGAGGGGGGGGCAGUUGAAGAUGAUGGUUCGCAAAUGUCAGGAUGCGACAACCGAGAGAUGGCUACCUGCAGUAUUCACGCACUCUUCCGAGAAACCAUCAUCGGGCAUCUCGGCUUUCAACAGCAUUUGCUCAUCGACAGAUAACCCUGAACCCCUACGUAUCUUCUUUGAUUCGAACACAAUGUGGCCCUCGAAUGAGGACAACGGUUCAACACCGUUGACUGUCCCGCCCACAGGAAAACCAUUACAAGACUACCUCAGCUUCGUUAGGCAGAGACCUUGUAUGCAGAAGUUAGAUUUUAAUCGCAGCUCACUAGUAGCAUUCCUGCUAGCGGCUACGUUUUUCCAACUCUGCGGAAGUCCUUGGUUGAAGGAGCCCUUCCAAACCGAGAGCAUCUCUCUCUCAGUUACCCACGACCAAACGCCUGGCCAGUGGCAUCUUCAUGCGCCAUGCGACCUCGUACCCAUUACGGAGGACAUGGACCUGACUGAGAGCGUUGCUGCAUUGGGCGUACUAAUUCUUGAACUUGAAACGGGAUGCAAAGCGCUCUGGGCAAAAACGGAUGAAAGAUCUCGCACAGGGUCACAUCGGAGGCGCCUAAGGCGUCUAUUACAUGAUUGGAAGGGGAAUAUCAUUGGCGAAAACAAGAGAAUUGCUCAUUCAUGCCUUGAUUUUGAAACUCUCGUCGAAAAUUUCGAAGACGGCAAGUUGUCCCGGGACGAGAAGAUACAUGCCAUCAUCUACAAGCACAUCCUCGGGCCUAUAGUGCGACGCCAUGCUGAACGCUUCGAUGAGCUCGAACAUGCUUCCACGGCAAUUUUUGGCCCAUGCAAUACUCUUCCCACAUUCCACAUCACCCCCUCCGAGAAUGCGUGUUCCUUUGAUGCAGAGGAUAAGCCUCUCCAAGAAGGUUUGCUGAAGCGAUCCAGAGCGUUCUUUAGCGAUACUGAAAUCUUCCUCGGGCGCCUAAUAGACAUUCGACGCGAUUUCAACGCCGGCCGAACAUCUCAGGGCAAAGGCAAGAAACGGAUCGUUCUUUUGGAUACUGGAUUAGAUCUAGGGCACACGGUCAUUCGUCACGCUGUUAGAUCUGAGCAGAUAAAUCUGGCGGGAUCGAAGAGUUUUGUCAGCUCUCGCUGGAGUCAAGAUGAUGACAUGCACGGUACAAACGUAGCGGAACUGACGUUACGCGUUGCGCCCACUGCGGAGAUCACCAUCGGAAAAAUAUGUGAAACCCGUGACAAUCUUGGUGACAUGCUACCGAGGCUGGCGGAGGGCAUAAACUGGGCCACGAACGAGAUCAAGGCCGACAUCAUAUGCCUGUCUCUGGGAUAUAGAACGGCCAAUGAGGCUGCCGACACAGCCGUGGACAACGCAAUCAAGGCGGGGGUGUUGGUCGUCGCUGCCGCUUCGAACAGCGGCAUCCUCCAUGGGCGAGCUCGCCCAGCGUGUUUGGAUGGCGUUAUAUGUAUGCAUGCCGCAAAUGAUCGGGGUCGGAUCGGCGAUAUGAACCCCCUCAAGUUGAAGAACGAGACAAAUUUCUCGACGUUCGGAGAUGGGGUGCACGUCCUCUGGAAAGGCCAAUACGAACUCAAAGCUGGAACCUCGUAUGCCGCGCCAAUCGCUGCUGGUUUCAUUGCAAGCAUACUGGAUUUCAUAGAGGCCAAGGUACCCGGCCUUCGGCCUUUGCAGGUCGAGAAACUGAGAAGGAAGAAGGGCAUGGAGGCUGUCUUGAAAGUGAUGUCGGUGAAAGGCCAAGGCGGUUUUGACUUCAUCCAUCCAAGAUCAAUGUGCAAUUGGAUAAAGCCAGACGCAGUGCAAAGGGCAGUGGACCGUGUGGAGGAAGCCCUACGGCACAUCUAG